AUGGCCAAGAUCAGUCAAGACGUUUCUUCCUCCCGUUCCAAGUCCAGAAAGGCUCACUUCUCUGCUGGCUCUGCUCAAAGAAGAGUGUUGAUGUCCGCUCCUUUGUCCAAGGAGUUGAGAGCUCAAUACAACAUCAGAUCUCUCCCAAUCAGAAAGGAGGACGAGGUCACUGUUGUCAGAGGUUCUAAGAAGGGUUCCGAGGGUAAGAUCUCCACCGUCUACAGAUUGAAGUUCUCUGUUCAGAUCGACAAGUUGCAAAAGGAGAAGUCUUCUGGUGCUUCUAUCCCAAUCAACAUCCACCCAUCCAAGGUUGUCAUCACCAAGUUGUACUUGGACGACAAGAGAAAGGCUUACAUUGUCAAGAAGGGCGGUAAGGCCGAGUAA